AUGGGGGCGAUUGGAGGCAACGAGUCCGUGCAGUGGGACAAGAUGAAUGGGGCGGAGGUGGUGAAUGGCGGUGGGAGUGGCGCAGGAAGCCUGGAUAGGAUACAGGUGUUAGUGAGGGUGAGGCCGCUGAGUGACAAGGAGAUUGCAAGGGGUGAGCCUGCCGAGUGGGAGUGCAUCAAUGACACCACCAUCAUGUUCCGGAGUACCUUCCCGGAUCGACCCACGGCUCCAACCGCAUACACAUUUGACAGGGUAUUUCAUUCUGAGUGCAGUACGAAAGAAGUCUACCAGGAAGGGGUCAAGGAAGUUGCCCUCUCUGUAGUUGGUGGCAUUAACUCAAGUGUUUUUGCGUACGGGCAAACAAGUAGUGGAAAGACAUACACUAUGACUGGAGUGACAGAAUGCACAGUAGCAGAUAUAUAUGAUUAUAUUAACAAGCAUGAGGAGAGAGCAUUCGUGUUGAAGUUCUCAGCAAUUGAAAUAUAUAAUGAAGUUGUUAGGGAUCUUCUGAGUGCAGAAAAUACUCCUCUUAGACUUUGGGAUGAUGCAGAGAAAGGCACCUACGUGGAGAAUCUUACGGAGGUUAUAUUAAGGGACUGGAACCACCUCAAGGGGCUUAUUUCCGUUUGCGAAGCUCAAAGGAGAACGGGGGAGACCUUCUUAAAUGAAAAAAGCUCCAGAUCACAUCAAAUACUUAAAUUGACUGUUGAAAGUUCUGCUCGUGAAUUCUUAGGAAAGGACAAGUCAACUACCCUUGUGGCUAGUGUGAACUUUGUUGAUUUGGCAGGAAGUGAGCGUGCAUCUCAGGCUAUGUCAGCUGGCACAAGGCUGAAAGAAGGUUGCCACAUCAAUAAAAGUUUGCUUUCCCUUGGCACUGUCAUUAGGAAGCUAAGCAUGGGGAGUAAUGCACACGUACCGUAUAGAGACUCCAAGCUUACACGCAUAUUACAACCUUCUUUGGGAGGCAAUGCAAGAACUGCAAUUAUUUGUACACUCAGCCCUGCAACAAGUCACAUUGAGCAAUCAAGGAAUACACUCUUUUUCGGGAGUUGUGCAAAGGAUGUAGUUACAAAUGCCCAGGUUAAUGUGGUCAUGUCCGAUAAAACACUAGUUAAGCAUUUGCAGAAGGAAGUUGCUAGACUGGAGAGUGAGUUGCGGCAGCCAGUUUCAAACUCUAGUCUGGAAGCACAGGUGAAGGAAAAGGACAACCAAAUCAGAAAGAUGGAGAAAGAAAUAAAAGAACUGAAGUCGCAACGUGAUUUGGCUCAGUCCAGGUUGCAGGAUUUGCUGCAAGUUGUUGGUGAUCGUGACCCAAAGCACCAGGUCUCAGGAAAGCGUUCAAUCAGAAGUCCUCCUUCUGUUGGAAUGCCCCCAAGCGCUAGCAGAGAUGACAGUUCUCAGAUCUCUCAUGAUGAUUCAGAUCAUUACAAGGAAGUGCGAUGUAUUGAGCCAAAUGAAACGGGAGGAAAUGAACGUUUGUCUUUGUCAGCUGGAGAAAGUACCAGCCCACAAGCUUCAAAUAGGAAUUCUAGCAUGCGUGGUAAUGAUUCAACAGCUUCAGUGAAUUCAAGGCGUCUUGGUGAACCUCCUAUUACCUUGGAGCAACAUUUGGAGAACAUCAGAAGGCCUUUUAUCACUAAAGAUCUAGGGUCUUCAACACGCAACCCAUCAAGUUGUAGAGUAAUUGGUAGAAGCAGGAGCUGUAGAUCACUAACAGGGUCUACUUUACUUGAUGAGAUGGAGAUGGAGGAUUGCACACCAGUAAACAGAAGUUUGGUAAUCUUCCCAGGAAGACCUGAAGAGUACCAGAGAAGAGGAUCUGCAUUGAACUACGAUGCAGGCAGUGAGACUCUUUCAAGGGCAGGAUCUGAAAUUAGCACUUCAAAGGGAGCUAGCAAGACAGGUGAUGCAGAAUUUACCGGUAUAGGUGAAUUUGUUGCUGAACUUAAGGAGAUGGCUCAGGUUCAUUAUCAGAAACAGUUAGGUGACCAGAGUGGGAAUGGAAAGAGCAUCGGAUUAGACCCAAUCAUGGAUGGUUUGCAAUCACCUUCGCGAUGGCCAUUGGAAUUCGAGAAGAAACAGCAGGAGAUCAUUGAGCUCUGGCACGCUUGCAGCAUUUCGUUGGUCCACAGGACUUACUUCUUCUUGCUGUUCAAAGGAGAAUCAGCCGAUUCGAUUUACAUGGAAGUGGAGCUUCGAAGGCUGUCGUUCCUCAGAGACACCUACUCUAGGGGAAGCACCCCCAGCAAUGUGACCGUAGGCAGCCUCAGCUCUUCCCCCGUCGCGAGAACGUCCGAUCUAUUAUGCAGCGCCAAGAAGCUGCAGCGCGAGAGGGAGAUGCUGGCGAGGCAGAUGCAGAAGCGGCUGUCCUUGGAGGAGAGGAACCACAUGUACACCAAGUGGAGCGUGUCGCUGGACUCCAAGAAGAGGAAGCUGCAGGUGGCUCGCCGGCUGUGGACGGAGAGCAGAGACCUGGAGCACGUGAGGGAGAGCGCGUCCCUGGUGGCCAAGCUGAUCGGGCUCCAGGAGCCCGGGCAGGUCCUGAGGGAGAUGUUCGGGCUCAGCUUCGCGCCGCAGCAGCCCCCCGCCCGGCGGUCCUCCAACGGCUGGAGAUACGGGAUCCCCUCCUUUGGCUGA